ACUCUAGAUUCAUUCACCCGGUAAAUUUAUGGGGCGAGUAAAGUUCCCCUCACCGGCUUCUGCUCCAAUCCCCAAUCUUCCCCUGCAAGCUUCCUCUUCUCCUUCUUCCCGCUCUCCGCUCGCUCGCUGCUCCGCCGCCGCUCGAAAUCCCAGCCCCAGCCCCGCGCGAAUGCGAUGGAAUCCUCCUCCACUACCACCGCCGCAACGCCACCGGUGAAGACGGUGGGCAAGCGGCCGCGGAGGGCGUUGGCGGCGGCGCCUCUGCGGGAUCUGACCAACUUCCUCCCCAGCAGCCCCACCACCCCGGCCCCGAGAAGCCCUAGCGCCAGGCGGGCGCUCCCUGCCCACGACGCCUCCGCGUGCUCCUCCGCCGCUUCCGCCGCGUCCGCCACGCCCCCCGUCUCCAAGCCCUCCGCUGCGGUCGUUGUUGAGGAGCAGGUGGAGCAGCCGAGUUCGGUGAAGUCGCCCAUCUCCACGGUCUACACGAGCCGCAAGUCCCAGCGGAGGACGGCGACGACGAGGAGGAACCCCACCGGCGUCAAGGCGCCCUUCUCUGCUGGAGCAUCAGCAAGCUGCCCGCCUCCUGGAAAGGCUGCAAGGGCCGGCACCAGCAGCUUCAGCGGCUCAGGGUUCUCAUCCUAUUUCAUCCUCAGCUCCUUGUCUUCAAGCCAAAACGAAGAGGCACAUGAGGAUGAAAGAAAACUCAUCUUCAGCCAGACCCAAAUUACCAGAUGAUUUCAUCGAGAAGCAGAGAGCAUACUUCCGGGAGAUCGACGCCUUUGAACUUCCAGAGGAAGAGGCCUCAGAGACUGACUGACGGACCUGGGAUUGAGGGAAAACUAAACUAAUCUGUCGAAUCGUGUACGCUAUGCUGGAACGGUGGUCCGGUGUACAGAAGUGUGCUUGCUCGCUUUACUUUUACGGAGUAGCAACCUACGGCUCCUGCAAUACAGGCCGUGUGCCUUAGUGAUCGAUUAUGCUCAUUUUCGCCUACUUGUAGUGGCAAAUGGGAUCUCAGGGUGAGAGUUGUUUCUGAGUCAAGUGCUGUCCAUAUACAUAUAUAGUGGAUAUCUGUCUAAUUUGUUCCUGUAACGUAUGUACAUCAAGAUAAAAUGUUAUAGUGACAAACUAAGAAAAGCAGACACAUUUUCAAGUUUUAACAGGAAUGUUUUACAUUGUGCAA